AUGAGCAGUGUCUGUGCCGAGCAGCACAAGUUUCACCCCUCUCACCAAUUCCACUCUCCAAAGAAAACACUCAAAGAGAUUGACAUCCCUCCAAGGAAGCUCCUCACUCGCCGCGCCGCCGCUGCAUGCGGCGGCUCAGACUUGUUCUCCGAUGACACCAUGCUGCAAAAGUUCCUCCCUUCCAACAACCUUGAUGACUCCGAUGAGGACGACCCUUACUCCUCCGACCACUUCCGGAUGUUUGAGUUCAAGGUCCGCCGGUGCACUCGCAGCCGGAGUCACGACUGGACUGACUGCCCUUUUGCUCACCCUGGCGAAAAGGCUCGCCGCCGUGACCCUCGGCGGUAUCACUACUCAGGAACCGUGUGUCCUGAGUAUCGCCGGGGAGGUUGCAGCCGUGGUGAUGCAUGUGAAUACGCUCACGGUGUAUUCGAGUGCUGGUUGCACCCUGCCAGAUACAGAACAGAGGCCUGUAAGGAUGGGAAGAACUGCAAGAGAAAGGUGUGUUUCUUUGCACACACACCUCGCCAGCUGAGAAUUUUACCGGUAACUUCUUCUCCUUCUUCAAAUGAAAUGUCAUGCAAGAAGAACAUUAACAAGCUCUUCAGCCAUGCUUCAAGAUCCAACAACAACAACUGUUGUUUGUUUUGCCACUGUGUUUCUUCCUGUUCUUCUUCUUCUUCCACUGCUUCUCCAACUUCAACACUCUUCAACAUGUCGCAUUACUCUCCACCGCUAUCACCAUCGUCCUCCUCCUCACCACCUCCUUCUCCGUUGAAACCCCGAAACGGGGUUUCUGUUUCUCCAAUUUCCCGUUAUGGUGCUGUAAAUGUAAACCCUCAUCAUGGGGUGGUGAGUUACAAAGAAUCGUUCGCUGAAUUUGUGAACUCCUUGGAGAGUUUGAGUUUGAACGAGGGUUCUCCUGUUUCCAGUGCCAAACCACCGAACUUGCCUUGGCUUGAUGUUUCUCUCAACUGUGAAGAACAGCAGCAACAACAAUCGUUUAUUGCUUCUUCUUUUGGCUGCGAAGAUCAGCAGCAGCAGUUUAUUUUUUCACCAUCGUCCACUCCGACACCGACAGAUGUUAAGUUUUGCAGAAACAAAUUCAUAGGCCACGACAACAAGGUUGUCGGUGCUGACUCUAAUGUCCCAGAUCUCGCGUGGGUGAAUGAUUUGCUGAUGUAG